UUUGUUUGGAGGGAUUCCUCGGUUUUCAAGUUUCGCACACAUUCCCUUCAAAAUCUCGACUCAUUCAACGCGCUUUCGCCAUCCUCUCUCUCUUCCCUUCUUCAACUCUGGUAGAGAGCUUUUUGCAAAUCAAUGUAGCAGUCCACCUCGCAUUCAAUAUGUAGCGGCGCGUAUCUCUGUCUCCAUGUCUUUGUCUCUCUGUUCCGCCAUGUCUUUAUCUCUCUUCUUCAUCUGGUUCAUCGCGCUCCCAGCCUUCCUAAACGCUCAAUCCCCAGGUCUUCUUCUGGACUGUGGGGCUCCUCGACCAACCUCAGAAGCCGGCCUUCAAUGGCUCCCCGACUCCGAUUUCAUCAACACAGGAAACACAACUUCUCUCUCUACACCCCACAUCCGAACCACUCUAUCCUCUCUCCGAUAUUUUCCGGACACCAAAGCUCGCAAAUUUUGCUAUGUUCUCCCUGUAAUCAAAGGCGCUCGAUACCUGGUUAGAACUACAUUUUUCUAUGGUUCUUUUGAUGGGGGCGAAACGCCACCAAUUUUCGAUCAAUUGGUUGAAGGAACACUAUGGAGCACCGUAAAUACUUCUUCUGAUUAUGCUUUGAAUCUCUCUUCUUACUAUGAAAUUAUGGUUCAAGCCACUGGUAAAAGCUUGAGCGUGUGUCUCGCUAGGAAUUCUCUCACUAGAUCUCACCCCUUUAUAUCUUCUCUUGAAUUGACACAAAUUGGGAACUCUGUGUAUAAUUCGACCGACUUCUCUCAACAUGCUCUUGCAACGGUUGCUCGAGAUAGCUUUGGAUAUGGAGGCCCCAUCAUCAGGUACCCUGACGACCAUUUUGAUCGUUUCUGGGGUCCCUUCACAGACUCUAGCCCAACAGUGAACAAAACCGGGAACGUCUCAUCAACUGGGUUUUGGAACAUGCCCCCCGCUAGAAUCUUUAAAACCUCUUUGACUUCAAAUCUACCCAACCCUCUUGAAUUGCAAUGGCCUCUUUUCCCUCUUCCCAAUUCAAGCUACUACGUUGCUCUCUACUUUGAAGAUAACCGUGAGAUUGGAUCAUCGAGGGUCUUCAACGUCUCAGUGAAUGGAGUGACUUUCUUUCGCAAUUUGAAUGUCACAACAUCCGGUGUUGUUGUUUUUGCAACAAUGUGGCCUCUCUCUGGACACAUCCAGAUUGUCAUGACCCCAGCUGAGGGCUCUACAGUUGGGCCUCUGAUUAAUGGAGGAGAGAUUCUUCAGGUCUUAAUGCUCGGUGGAAGAACUGUAACUAGAGAUGUGAUUGCUUUGGAGGUCAUGAAAAGAAGCUUGGCAAAGGUGCCUCUUGAUUGGCAAGGUGACCCUUGUUUGCCUCGCCAAUACUCAUGGACUGGAGUAACAUGCUCUGAAGGCUCAAGGAUACGUGUUAUUGCCCUGAAUUUGACGGGACUGGGUCUUUCUGGAUCGCUAUCGCCUAGAAUUGCCAAUUUAACUGCAUUAUCUGACAUUUGGCUCGGGAAUAACAACCUCUCAGGGUCUAUACCAGACUUCAGCCCUUUAAGAAGACUUGUUUCCCUGCAUUUGGAGAACAACCAAUUCAGCGGAGAGAUUCCUCCUACUCUUGGAAAUAUCAGCGGUCUCAGGGAACUUUGGUUACAGAACAACAACCUCACUGGUGUAGUACCUAAUAGUCUGCAGACUAAACCUGGACUGGACCUCAGGGUAUCUCCUGGCAACCGUCUUGUUAACUCAAUGCCUGGGGCAGCAACAUAGUAAAAAUGGUCUGUUAUGGCUUAUGGCUUCUUCCUCUCAAGAGUUAUUUUGGUUUUUUGAUUUUUCCCUUGGCUGAGCUAGGUCAAUGUUCUUGAGGAGCUUAAUGGCUGAUUCUAAUGUGUGGGCAAUGUGUAGAUUUUAAGGAGCUUAAUGGCUGAUUCUAAUGUGUGGGCAAUGUGUGGAUUUUAAGAUAUGGAAUUGUACAGACCUUCCUUGUGAGACAUGUGGAUAUUUUGUUCAGUUAUUGAUUUCAUCGUCUGUUUGUUUGGCCUCUCUCUCUCUCAUAUUGUGAGUUGGUGAGGCUGGAAUGUUGACAAUUGAUGAAGACCCAUUCUAUAAUAUUUCUUUAUCAAAUUGUUUAUGAAUAUUUUAUGAAUUGAUCAGUGAUUGUAUUGGUUGUGA